GCGUUUUCCCACCAAAAUCGCAAAACGCGUUUUCCCGCCAAAACCGCAAAACACGUUUUCCCGUCAAAAUCGCAAAACGCAUUAUCCCGCCAAAACAGCAAAACAUGUUUUCUCGCCAAAACCAAAAAACGUAUUUUCCCGCCAAAACUAAAAAACGUGUUUUCCCGUCAAAACCACAAAACCUUCCCUUAUAUCUUACUUUCUACAAAACAUCCUAUGAAUCCCACAUUUUUAUUGAACCCGAGUUAGACCCAUAUAUAAUAAGUUUAAGAAAGGCCCAUAAUGAUUUACCUAAUUCCUUGUUAGAUUAAUUAUUUAUUACCUAUAAACGUCUGUCUCUUUUCUUCAUUUAUCUGCUCUGCUAGGGUUUUAUAGUUGUCGGAAAACGAAGAAGCGAUGACGGGAUUUUCUAGGGUUUUCGGAGGAUGCCGGACACUGAUGGCGAAGGCGACGACUAAUGCAGCCGCUACUGGCAUUGUAGCUGGUAAAGAAGGAAAAGGAAUACUAAAGACUGUUCCGGUCUCGAAGACGCUGGCUAGCUUCGCCGGAGAGAGCGAACUCUCUCGUGCCACCGCCGUGAAGAAAGUGUGGGAGCAUAUCAAGGGUAACAACCUCCAGAAUCCGGAGAAUAGGAAGGAGAUCAUAUGCGAUGAUAAGUUGAAGACGAUAUUUGAAGGCAAAGACAAAGUUGGAUUCACUGAGAUCGCCAAGCUCUUGUCCCCACAUUUUCCUAAGUCGGUCUGAUGAUUUGUUGAUGUUUUUUUCUAUCUAAAUCCAAGCAAUAGUUUUUCUUUCUCUCAGUUCGUUUUAGAUGAUUGUACAUUAUAUUAUGGGAAAAAAAAAAAGCAGCAAAUCUCUGCUGGUUCAAAUUUAUAAUUUCGUUUGAUUUUGGAUCUUUUGAUAUUGGUGGUCUUUCUUGCUCAAUCAAAUCCAUUUAUUAAUCAAUGAAAGUCCAAGGAUUACCAAAUAAAAGGAACACACAAAAGAUAACAAGAACUCUUUCUUGUAUAUUAGAAACCUUUUAAACAAUUUUCUUAGAUCUGUUUAAUGAUUUACUCUCAGUCACACGCGAUUAGAGACAGACCAGUUUCUAAACUCUCAAACACAAAAGCCGAGCUGCUCUCACAAGACACUCGCCUUUGUUAACACUUACUUGGCAAGAACGCACCUCUUGCUCAAGCUUUUUCUCAAUUGAACGUCUAACCUAAAUCUACCCAAGGUAAUCUAGUUAUUUUUUGCUUCACACCAAAGCAAUAUUCUGGACCCAAUGAUUAUUUGUACACAUAGAUCAGCAUGUGUAACACAUUCCUCUGUUCCACAUAGUCAAGCUCAUUAUUCUUGAGCUUACAAUCAAUUCUAUGAAAGCUAUAUUACAAGUCACAAUAUGCCAUAGAUUUUUGAGUUAGUAUAUGUUAACUUCGCCACCAAUGGAGUUAAUGAAUAAUGAUCUUAGUAGAUGAAACCUGUCGGCGUUCUAUGUAAAUGUGGAUGGAUGUUUUUCGGACUACGGUUUUUUUUUUUUAAGUUGUGCAAAUUAUAUAUCAAUAAUAAAAAUAGUUUGGGUUACCGGGUUUGUUUAAGUUAUUACAAAUGCCAGCUAUUAAGCUGGUUCGAAUUUUUUUAAAUAAGUACAUUCCAAAAAUAGUUAAGUAGAAAUCCCUUCUAUUCGAAAAUAGAGAAAUGGUUUUCAAAUUUCAGGAAAAUUAGAAGAACAUUACGUCGUUGGAGACUCGGCUUUUAACUGACGUUUGACACCUCGUCCUUGAUCUACCUCACAGCUUCAAUACAUGUUUCUUUGUGUAGUGAUAAAAGUUGAUUAUGCAGAGCAGCUAAUGUUCUGUGAAUUUUGAUAGUGACUCUUAUGGGUGGUUUUGGAAGCUGUUGAUGUGUGCGAGCAUUAUGUUCCCGUCAAAUCAAGUAGUUUGUUGCCAGGAAAGCCACCGUAGCCAGAAAGUUGUCAAGAUUUGUGAGUGUUUUUCAUCAGAGACUGAACGUCCAAUCUGGAUUCUAACGGGAACUCAAAAUUUUUGAUGCCAACAUUGUCUAAACAGUAUGAAAGUAGAAUCGGGUUUCAUCUCGCCGCCGCAAGAAAAAAAGGUCUUGAGAAUACUUCGUCGAUUUCAACUUGGACCGGUGUAAAAUAUGACAGAAAUCGAUAAAAUAAUAAGAUAAUAAUAUUUUUAAAACUCCCACGUAAAUAUAGUCCCAUUAAAAUCAUAAAUUAAUAAUCUAUCUAUAUUUAUAUUUUAUAUAAGUAGAAACAAAAAAUUAUUCACAAUGAAAAUACUUCUAUUUUUCUUAAUAUUUUAAUAUAUUUUGAUAAUAUUUAGUAAAAUUAUAUCGAAAACCACAUAACAAUUCUAUCAAACAUAAAAAUAUACACCAAAUAAGAUAAUAAAAUAAUACGAAAGUCAAAUUUUUAAUAUUUAAAUAAUUUAUCUACGGUAAAAACAAAUAUUUUCUUAUUUUAUUAAUAAAAAUAGAAAAAAUAGAAAAAAAUCUAAAAAUGAAACUUUUUA